GCAUGCUUUUCCCCACAACAAGCUGCUGAUGAAGUUCCAUGCGACAUAUUUGAGAAGGGAAGCUCUGAUUUUUAUUUAGGGAAUACUGUCUGCAGCCGAUACAAUACCCAGCCCUGAAAUAUCCUGAAAAUUGGUGACAUGGCUGAAGAGUCUGUGCCAUUUACUCUCCGAGCUCCUGUCCCACUACAGUUUGGAGAUAUGAAGACAGAGGUUGGUCGGCCUGGCGUCUACGUCAUUGAUGUCACUUUUCCAAAAUAUCAGGCAAUUGACAUACAGGAAAUCACAUUUAAGAAUUAUUACACAGCCUUUCUGAGUGUGAGGAUACAGCAGAAAUCACCCACUGAAUCGGGUACCAAGCAAUCGUUAUGGCACACCUGUAUGCGAAACCUUCGCCUGAUGCCCAGUCCCCAUACGGAGGAGGGUUCUCAGGACUAUGUGUCCUUGUUUAAACACCAGAUGCUCUGCAACACAGAUCAAGUCACCGCCAUCCGUUUCAUACUAAGGCAACCAUCGCCCGUUUGGAUAAAUUUCAACCUGGAAGAGUUGCAGAUUAACCCUCAGAGGCGGCAGAGUCCUCAGAAAGGUCUUUCUUCAUGGUUGUCACAUUUGCCUCCAGAGGAGCAGCUUCAAAACUUGCACAAGGGCCUUCCAGACCCUGACAAGGUAUCCAGUGAGGUGCAGCAGAUGUGGGUAUUGACAGAAAUGAUGAGAGCCAAUCAGAGUACAGCAACUGUUGGCAGAUUUGACGUGGACGGAUCUUAUGAUAUUAACCUUCUGUCGUACACCUAAUGAUUGUUGGUUCCCCACACAGUGAUACGAGGGUGAAGCUACUGCUAAGCUUUUCACAAGCAUUUUUUUUUUUGGUUUAACAUGUCAAGGCAAUAAGGCACCUCGAUAACUACAUUAUUGCUGUGAUGCAUAAAGGAUCCGGUACAAACAGCACAGAGAAACUAAAUCGUGUGCAUGAAAUAAAUCUGUUCUACAAAGCUCACAAACUAUACAUUUCAUACAUAACUUCAAUCUCCCUGCGCUGGAAUCCAAAGAGCCAGCAAAUGAACAAUUACGUUGCAGCCACUGAAUGAGAGAUCCUGCGCUUCUUUCUCCCGUCUCUCAGUUUGAAGAAUUUAUUACUGAGGAUCUGAGUCUUGUUUAAUACGUUGAAUUGCAGAGCUGGAACCACAAAUGAACUUUUUCAAAUCGUUUAAUGUGACCACCCAGGCAGACGAAAUCCGUUUAAUAGGGCGGAAAAUCAUUGCUAUGCAGCAUUGCUAAUCUGUGUAUUCUCCCUGUGUGUAAAAAUGUUAGUUUAUUUCAUAGAAUGUAUUAAAGGGACAGGAAACCCAUUUUUUUUUCUUUUACGAUUCAGAUAGAGCAUACAAAUUUAAAUAACUUUCCAAUUUACUUCUAUGAUCUAAUUUGCUUCAUUAUUUAGGUGUCCUUUGUUGAAAAGCAUAGCUUGGUAGGCUCAGUGCAUUUUAUAUGUGCAGCCACCAAUCAGCAAAUAGCACUCAGGUGCUGAGCUCACCUAGCUGUGAUUUUCAACAAAGGAUACCUAAAUAAUAAAGCAAUUAAGAUAAUAGAAGUCAAUUUGAAAGUUAUCUGAAUAAUGAAAGGAAAAUAAAUGUGGGUUUCCUGUCCCUUUAAUAAUAAUUAAACAAAUUGCGGAGCUCAGCAGCAUAUUUAACCCUUUAUUUACUGGCUAGUAAUGCAUUGGAGCCCUCUCUGGCAGCCAGUCUUUUAGAACACAAACCCCUAAACCUUUAUUAUAUGAAAUCUGAAUAGUCUGGAGCAUGUUUUAAACACUAAAAGUCACCAUGAACACAAAUAUAUUCUAUAAUGUGCACAAAAGGGUAAUAAUUAUAGAUGUUAACUGUUUAAAUUGAAAUUUGCAUGAAAGGAUUGUUGAAUGCAUUGGUACUAAUUGCUUAUUGGCUGAUUAAGAAAACUCCCACAAUAUUUGGUUGGUGGAAGACAAACCUUAAUAAGGAUGUAGAUUUAUUCUUUAUAGGGAAUGCAUUAAACAGGUGUCUAAUACAUUUGAAAUAAAUUCUUAUGUAGAAUAAUCUUAUUUUUUGGAGGACACAAUUUUCUUAGCAAUCUGGUAAAAUGUAGAAAGACCCUUUAAGAAGCACUUAUAAAAGGGAGUUUGGGUGCAGCCCUGCAGUAUGUAUUUAUAUUUGUAUAAGCAUCUCCUUUAGCAGCAUUGCUAGGUUUGUUUUUCUGGCUGUUAAAGGGUAGGAUUUAGCCUAAGCUUAAAAGAUUAAAAAAUGUUUUUAAUUAGAAUGUGAUUCUUCUCAACAAUGCACUUGAAAUAUUGGGAUCAUCUGGUGCAUAUGCUUUAAUUCUGCCAGUUUCAGAUCAAAAUAUGCUAUUAGUUUACAUAUAGCUAUGACUAGCAGCUAUCAAUCUGUGACUUUGUGUGCACUUACCUCAUGAAACACAUAGUUGUAGUAAUUUAUCAGUUCAAUAAAUAUAAUGCAUUUGAUUAUGA